GAAACACUAUAUCGAUUUUUCUGUGCGUUGUAAAAAUAAAGUCAAGCGUCGCACCGUUUUGUACAGUCAAACUUACAAGGAUUGUCUAGCAAUGUUUUAAUAUAACAACAAACACAAUGGAUCGUGGAACUUCCAAGGGGCGGGCGGUGGAGAAGUUCGCUGAGGUGUGUCGGGAUGUCCUGACUGAGCCUGAGCGGCUGGGUCUCUAUAAACUCCUCAGUGACUAUCACCGGAGGCGGAGGGUAGAACGACUGGUCCCGGGACUGUUCAAGGUCAUCCGGGAGGAAAAUCGCAUGGAGGUCAUCCACGUGCUGCGUCAGCUGAUUCCGUACACGCACCUGCCAGAAUUCGACAGACAGACCCGACAGAGAAGGGCCAGGGGUCAACUCAAAACCUUCUUCUGGGACGACGAGGACGAUGGGAUAGGAACAACAGUCAGCUUCAGCAGUGAGGACGAGUCGGAGGGGGAGAAAAGUCAGAAAACAGAGGAAGAUUCACGUGAAGUAACCCUACACAGGGACAGUCCAUCACAGAAUCUAGGGUUCAGUAUCAGGGGCGGAUCCGAACAUGGUCUGGGGGUGUAUGUCAGCGAGGUUACGCCCGAGUCUUUAGCGGCUGAAGCUGGACUGGAGUUUGGUGACAAGAUCUUGUCAGUGAAUGGCGUCAGUCUGAAGGAUAAGUCCAGCAGUAUAGUGGCGAGUCUGCUGACCCGCAGUCCGGAAAUCAACAUGGCGGUCAGGAUGACAGGGCACCUGCCAAAAUGGCGGCUAGUCAAGGAAAAGACCGCGUGGUUUGACCACGAGAAAAAGACGGUAAUAUGUGGGGAGUUUGAGAAGUCCGGAUCUGCACAUUACAUUAAGGGUCUAGACAUGGAUAUCCCCGAGCGAAGAGUGACAUUAAUCAAUGACGGAGUUCUGGGGCUCAAUAUAAGGGGAGGGUCAGAGUUUGGACUGGGUAUUUACGUGUCAAGCAUUGACCCAGGGGGGCAAGCAGAACGCCAGGGGGUAAGGGUAGGAGACCAGAUAGUGGAAGUUAAUGGUGUUAAAUUCGAAGACGUUACACACGCUAGAGCUGUGGAUGUUCUAACAAGUCAGGACCACAUAAUUAUAACACUGAGAGAUGUUGGUCGAUACCCGGCUUUUAAAGAGGUGUAUGGAAAAUAUUCUUGGAUUCAAGGAAACCCUAAAGUCGGAACACGCAAAAACAAAGCACUGCAUGUAAAAGUUCCGGUGGAGGUUUUGUCUCAUCGGUCACAUGACCAUAAUUCUGACAGCGCAUACAAUGACGGACUUCCUUUGCAAUCCGAAAUUUAUCUUCCAAGUUCCAGCCAAGCGUCAGGAAAAGGGAGAGUAACAAUAGAGGACAGCGAUGUGGACGAUUUGGGGUCUGUCAACUUGGAAAUGUGGAAACAUGCAGAGGGGUUCCAAAAUCCCGCUUAUCACUCAGACUUCCGGAAGAACGAAUACAGUUCUACUGAGUCUGAUUCAGAUGACGGAUCUGGAAUAAAAGGAGAAUACAAUAUGACGAACAUUGAUGCAAAAAUGAUGGAAGAAUUUGAACUUGCGGUUAUUGAGCGAAAGGAAGAUUCAGCGAUAGAUAUUGAAAACGAAACCGUGUUUGAUCACACUCCAAAAGAAGCAGACGACGAAGCGGUUUAUAUUUCGAAGACUUCAAGGCAGUACUCUUUGAGGAGCAAUGCAAAAGUAGAAGAAAAGACAGAGUGUUUGGAAUCAUCGGACGCUACAGAUAGUUGUUCGUUAAGUUUGAGUUGUUCACCAGAAACCAGACGCUACACAGCUUGGUCUGACGAAGAAUUAUUUAAAAAUCACGGAGAAGAUGAAAGUCUUAGCCCUGCGUCCUCUCGACGAAGUGUGGACGAAUAUUCAGAGCAAGAAUUUGAUUCAAGAAUGCACACUCCAAAUUUGAUGGAAUAUCAAAUAAACCGCCGAUCAACUUCGCCGGAAUCGAAUAUUCGGUAUGACCCUGGAAGAGAUGGAGAUCAUCUUCAAGAUGGCUUUGAGAUUCAGGAAUUUGUGGAAAAGAGCAACGCUUCUCCAAUUCAAAAAGAGGUGAAUCCAUAUGCUUCCAUUGAGAGACAACUUAGUACAGGAUUUGUAGUAAGUGAUGAGGAGAUUGUAGUCAUGCGAAGCUUUGAUAGACAGAUAGGUGAUUCAGAGGGAAUCUCUUCAUCUCUAAGUGAUACUGAACACUCUGUUCAGAAUGACACUGACUUGGAGUCAUCACCCGAAAAGAUGGAACAUAAAGUUGAAAAGAGAAACGUUCUUACGUACGAAUCAACCAGCUUCAAUAAUAGUAAGCCACAACUAUUACCGAUUGAAUUUCAGGACCAGACCAUGCUUCCAGUUAAUCACGAUGAAGUAGACAACCGAAGAAAGGAGAACCACAAAGAUUCAGGUUCUUCUCCGAUGACGGAGAUAUCAGGAAACAUAGGGAUGCCGAAGACUCCAGUAAAAGACAAAACUAAAGACUUGGCUUCAAAACGCAGAGCACGUGGGAACUGGAAAGUCCUAAGAGACAAAAUUAAAGGAAGUUUACGCAUCAAGCCACUCUCACGCAAAGGUCUAGAAGAAAGGUUAAGAGAAAUAGCUAGGGAACAUGAACAGUCAGAAAGGCAAAGAGUGUCCUCAAACAAGUUCCAGAAAACCACCGUGUCUUCAAACAGUGUGAAGGCACUAGAAGAGGCAGCUAAACGCUUCCUGGAUAUACAAGAACUGGCAGAUCUACUUACGCAGAUCAGAAUGUACCACGAAAGUCAUGAUCUGGACAGAUUGCUGGAGGUUCUACUAGCCAUGUUAGAUACCCCAGAGAAGAUAUUACUACUCAGAGAAAUAAGAAGUGUUAUUUUCCCUGUGGACAUCUACCGAUUCGAGCUCUCUGUCAGCAGAUAUGAAAAAGAAGCUUAUGAAAAAUUGUCGACCAAACUCCAUCUUUAUCUGAACCACGGCAAGGAGCGCAAGCCAAAGAAACACUUGCUUCACACCGAAACGGAUGAGCAUGGUCAUUUCUAUGUGAAGUCCGUGGAACAGUUCUCAAGGGAACAGGAACUGAAAAGGACGGUUGUAGAGGCCUUAUCUGGAGCCAAAGAUAGAGAUGUCGAUAGAGAUGACGAUAGAGAUGUCAGUAGAGAUGUCAGUAGAGAUAGAAAUAUUGAUCUCUAUAGGCAGGACUCCGGUCUGUGCAGCAGAACAGAUUCCAUUCAAGAAGAUACAAGAAGUGACAUAAUAUCCCUGAAGUCUAGUGAGCUAUCUCCAAGAAAAAUAACAGCUAACGUUUCCAAGAACAAACAAAACUUAGGUCUUUGUGUGUCGGGAGGAAUAGAGAGUAAAGCCCAACCUGACAUCAAGGUAGAACAGGUGUUAGAGGGAGGGGCAGCAGCGGACGAGCCUGCAAUACAGCCCGGAAUGGUCAUCUUGUCCAUCGAUGGCCACAGUAUGGUGGGGGUCAGACACUCCGUGGCGGUCAAUGCUCUCAGGUCCUCCUUCAGCAACAAACGGAAGGUCAAUAUGACCAUUGUAUUAAAACGAACAGAUACAUGACCUUCAGACAAGGCUUAAAUAACCACAAAGU